AAGGCAGCGAGAAAAGACUAAUGAUCCAGCAUGUGGAGCCAGUCAAUCCAAUAACAUGGACAAGUACGAAAAGGUGAAGAAAAUUGGGGAAGGUUCAUUCGGAAAGGCUAUCCUGGUCAAAUCCAAAGAUGAUGGACACCAAUAUGUCAUCAAGGAGAUUGGCAUAUCUGGAAUGUCCAGCAAAGAGAGGCAGGAAUCUCGAAAGGAAGUUGCUGUUCUUGCCAGCAUGAGUCAUCCAAACAUCGUCCAGUAUAAGGAAUCUUUUGAAGAGGGUGGCUGUCUGUAUAUUGUGAUGGACUACUGCGAGGGUGGAGACCUAUUGAAAAAGAUCAACUCUCAGAAAGGGGUACUGUUCUCAGAAGAGCAAUUUCACUACGCAGGUGGGAGACCCGACCGGAAAGGAGGUGACCACGCCGGAGGUGAAGUGGGUGUGGCUGAAGGUGUAUAAGCGAAAGUGGGACGAGCCGAGGUGGACGGGACCUUUCAAGGUGACCACUCGAACCUCUCAUGCGGUCCAGCUGAAAGGCAAAGGCGACACUUGGUAUCACUGGAGCCAGUGUGCGGCGGCAGAGGAGCCUAGGCGGUCGGAGAGGCUCUUGGCGAAAAAGGGGGACACGCCUGUGACCCCAAAAAACAGAUCUUAGUAAAGAAGGGGCAGAAUAAUCCCCUGAUCUGUGCAACGACCAAAGGGUAGUCUACCCCGGAGGUUGAAGAAAGAAGUCGAGAAUCACCCGACUGGAAGAUAUUGAUAGCUGCAGUAAUAAUAAAAUUAAAAGUGCCUUAGACAGAAGCUCUAGUCUAGAAGCUAUUAGGUAUUACUGAAAUGGGGGUGGGAAAGUCUAAUGCGAAAAUAAAGCUUUGGGAGAACUGGGGAGUGAUGGGAGUGUUAACUAUAAUCAUUAUUGGUGUGGUAACUACUAUUUUUCUGUUAUGUGAGUUGCCCAGCUUCAGAACUCAUCCAACACCUCUUCCUUUAGCGGAUCCUGAGAUGACCAGACCUGAGCGCGAUGUAGGUGAGAGAUCGGAUCCUUGUUUGUUACAUUAUGGAGGCAUAGAGGUGGAUUACGUUAGAGGAUCCACAACAGCCUUCACUUUUGAUCUUUGUUCCGUGAUAAAGUGUGGGGAUGAUAGUGCUAGUUGGCGUGGGUAUGAAGUUUGGAUAUGUCAUGACCUGCAACUAACUGGUGCUUGUCUUAUAGGCCAUCCCACUGCCUUGGGGCGUUACCCGUGUCCGGUGUGGGAUAUGGUGACAGCCUACAUAGCCCCAGGGUGGGACUCACCAGGCCGAUGGGAAGGGUUUGCGAUUCAGCGUGAUUUUAGUAACAGUCAAAAUCCAAUUACAAUGUCUGUUGGUGGGUGGCGGGUUACACCUCAGCAAUACAGGAAAGCUGAUAAAGUAUUUUAUUUACUAUUAGGCGUAGAUGUUUCAGGGAGAGACCUGAUGGGCGUGAUAAAGAUAAAUUUUAAAGAUCCACCCGGUAAUGUAUCCAGCAUCGACACCGCACCUGUGAGAGCCCCCCCUUCCAACUCUAAGGUAACGAAAGUGGACUAUACAAAAUGGAAACCCCGACAGCUGAUGUCUCGUGCCACAGGGUAUGUGGACAGCAACCUGUGGUUGGAUUGGCUGAUUGCAAAUGCAAAAGAGCAAAAUGUGUCUGAUUGUGUGGCAUGCGCUACGGCACGCCCACAUUUAUUUACUGAACCAGCACCUCUGCAUCCAGAAGACCAGUGGGGUUUUGAUUGCAUGCUCCGACUCACUCGGAGAGCAGUAUCUUCAGGAAAAUGUGCUCCAUUGUCUGUUUUAUUUCCCCCCAUAGAUAAUAAUACCGUCCCCGGACCGUUUACGCCCAGGAAAGCUAAUUACACUUGUUUUAAUUUUACAGCAGACGACCCUGGAGAGCAGGAGUAUGACGCUGGAGAGAUCCCGGCUGACUGGUGUACGGUGACGUAUCCAGGAAGAGGGAAUGCCUCGUGUGCGGGCGCCACAACCGUUGGGACCUGGGCUCGAGCUGGUUUGUACUAUUAUUGUGGAGGUGGGAGUCUGCAUGUGCGAAUACCAAGAGAAGCGUUUGGUGUUUGUGCCAUGGUCAGAUUAGGAGCGCCUCUGCUGAUAAUAGGGGAGAAGGUUAAACCCGUGGCGAUGGAUGGUAAUGCGCGACUCACGAUUAGGCGCAGACGUCAGGUGUUGUCUAAAAGAUCUUCUUGGUCGUUUGAUCUAACUGCUAAUUCACCCACGUAUAUAGAUUCUAUCGGUGUUCCGCGCGGCGUCCCUAAUGAGUAUAAAUUAGCAGAUCAGAUAGCAGCCGGUUUUGAAAACAUCCCAGUGAUUUGUGCCUUUUUUCCCAUCACCCCCAAUAAAAACGUGGAUAGAAUUAAUUAUGUGCAUUAUAACGUUCUCCGGCUGGCAAACUUGACGUGCGAUGCGAUUGAGGGGUUAGCAGAGGAAUUAGGUCCCACCUCCCUAAUGGCAGUGCAGAACCGGAUGGCGUUGGACAUGGUUCUGACUGAAAAAGGGGGGGUCUGUGCGAUGUUCGGACAAAUGUGCCGCACCUUUAUUCCUAAUAAUACUGCUCCAGAUGGCUCGAUAACCAAGGCUCUGGAGGGGCUGCGAACUCUGGCCCAUAAUAUGCAUGAACACUCAGGUAUUGAGAACCCGCUGGAGGAAUGGAUGACUUCUGUUUUUGGGCAAUGGAAAGGUUUUGUUAUGUCAAUUAUGGUCUCACUGUCUGUUUUCACUGCAGUCCUAACAACAUGUGGUUGUUGUUUCAUCCCUUGCCUCAGAGCACUUGUAAUCCGUCUCAUUGACAGGGCCAUAGCCUCAGGGCCGGAGGGCCCGGGGGUCAUGAUACCUCUGUUAAGGGAUGGGCCUGAGGAUCAGGGAGACGCGGAUCUUGCGACCCUGGAGUGCGUGUUCUAAGUGAUCUCUUUGAGAAAAGAGAUCAAAGGGGGAAUUGUGAGAUCAUUAGUAAAACAUAUGUUGUUUUAUGCCCGUAGUCAAUGUAGUUGAAUUAUGGUAACAGCUGUAGGACAUAUAUUAUCCUUUAGUUUAGAUUGUGUGCUGUGUAUGUAGUUUAGUCCUCAUUAUACUUUUGGGUUAAAAGAACAUAAUCAUUUUGUAGUUCAUUAGAUAAGUGUGCAUCACUCUGUAUCCUUGAUCUGCUGUGAAUGUCUUACACUGUUUUCUUGACAUGCUUUACUGCUGAAUCAUAAAAAGAAAUGUUAUAUGCAGGAGACUCUGUGUCUAGGACAGGGGAGAUAGACCACAUUCCAUACCCCCACCUUCUUUAGAGCAGAAAAACAGGGAGCCAAGGUCAGGAGCCAGUCUCGCUAAGAAUUAGAAAAACAUGUGAAGAUGUAGCUUUUGUGAUUAGGUGGGGGUCGCCAGAAGCUAUAAGAGGCUGUGAAAUCUGCCACCAUUUUGAGACAUGCUGUGACCCUCUGCAAGCAUCUCUCCCGU